UUCACAUUAGUGACACAUCCAAUAUGGCGGCGCCGUCGACACGCGACUCGGCGCCGGAUGCUGCGUCAGUGCGUGUCUGCCUGAAGUUGCUGCAGUUUGCCUUUCAAACGGACAAACUCAACUGCACUCGGACUGAGCUCAACUCUCUACGUGGGCCGGCGCGUGUUGCAGUCUCGGCGCGUCGUCAGCGACCCGCGAUCGGCCGGCCGGCAGCGCGCCUGUGAUGUCGCGGGGCGGGCGGCGCCGGCAUGCCGUACGUGGACCGACACAAUCGCAUCUGCGGCUUCCUGGACAUCGAGGAGACGGAGGGCAGCGGAAAGUUCCUGAGACGCUACUUCGUCCUGGGCGCGCAGGGCCACAGCCUCCUGUGGUACAUGGACAACCCGCAGAAUCUUCCGGAAGGAUCCCCGAACGUAGGCUCCCUCAAGCUGUCCUACAUCUCCAAGGUGAGCGACGCCGCCAAACUGAGGCCAAAGGCGGAGUUCUGCUUCGUGAUAAACGCGGGAAUGCGCAAGUUCUACCUGCAAGCUAACGACCAGCAGGACUUGGUGGAGUGGAUCGCUGUUCUCAACAACGCCACCAAGAUAACGGUGCCAAAGGUAAGCGAGGGCACCGACACGCCUCAGGAAGUCCUGGGCGCCUUGAAGCACGUCUCCUACAAGACGGAGAUCGUGGGCGGCGUCCCCGUCGUCACCGCCACUCAGGAGCGGGCGGACGAGGCCGAGCGCGGCGCCGCCGGCGGGCCCUACUUCCUGUCCGGCCGAGUCCAGGACCACGACCGAGCUGUCAUCAAGGCGGGAUACUGCGUCAAGCAGGGAGCUGUGCCGUUUAAGCAGCGGGUAUUUGAACACAAAACGCCAAGCAGCACAUGGAGACGGGUAUUCCAAAAACGCUCACUCCCCAUUCUGUGGCGUCGGACUCAAAGCAUCUCUUCUCAGAUGAAGACGUGGAAGCGGAGGUACUUCGUGCUGCACCCGAACGGCCUCGGCUACUUCAAGUCGGACUCGGACAGGGGGGCGCUGCGCGUGAUCCCCCUCAAGGACAUCCUCAAAGUUCAAGAGUGCAAGCAAAGUGAGCUGAUGAUGAGGGACAACCUCUUCGAGAUGAUCACAAGCUCCAGAACGUUCUACUUGCAGAGCGACAGUCCCGAGGACAUGCGCAGCUGGAUUAAAGCCAUCUCCGGCGCCGUCGUGGCCCAGCGAGGACCGGGAUGCGCCACCGGCUCGGAUCGCAGGUGCCAACCCGCCUCGUCCUCGUCCUCCUCCACCUUCUACUACGCCCUCAGUGAGGAACUACCUUACCCACAAUGCUCCGCUCCGCCGGUCGCCGCGGAAGACGCCCAAGCGUCGCCGUGGAAACGGCCAAGCGACGAAAAGAUGGCCCGCGACGACGAGUGAUUCCAUUUGACGACGGUGGGGAGUCCUCGGGCAUUUUUUUUUUUUCAUUACAUUCAACAACUUUUUACUCUGCUACUGAUUUUGUUUUUUUUUCUUUUCCAAGCCUUUGUUGAUUAAAACAUCUUCAAAACACA